UAUGGAGUAUGCAAUGCGAUCUAUGGGACUGGGUUGGUGUUUGAUCGGUUUGAUAAUUUCCUUUUUUGUCUCGGUUUCCUCCAAUCCGUCAGUUUUCUUGCUCCGAGCACCAGUCACGUAGAAAGUGUUUUCUCUGAGACGCGCGAACAUCCUCUACGCACUCCCACUACCUACCACCACGACGUAUCUCCCGCCCACCGACAACUCGCUCCCAACUCCUCUCCCUCCGCUCAGCUCGACCCCUCCUCCGACUUCCAAGCUAUUCACUUACCCGCUAGUUCCCAUACUCAUCUCACCUCACAGCACGACCUACAGCUCUGUUGUGCACCUUCUUACACACCUCUCUUCCUCCACCUCCAGCUCGGCAAAAUAGUCUGCCUCCGCCUCUUCCGCAGCUGCUUCGUAAGCAUGCCUCCCAAGAAGAAAGCGAAGGUGACCGCCCCGCCUGGGGAGGCCCGCACCACACGAGCGUCGGCACGCAAGGCAGCAGAAGCUCCCCCGCCUACUCCUCCCCCGACAACAGCACCGAAGACGGCGACGAACGGACAGCGGAAACGCACGGCGGCUACAAUGGAUGCUGUGGACAAGGCAGUAGAAGUCAAGAAGCCAGUAGUUAAGAAGUCGACGCCUGCCAAGAAGUCGACGACGACGAAGAAGGUGGUGAUCAAGGGGAACAGUACUGAGAAGUGGUUUGACACUUAUGCUGAUCCGGAUUCUGGCCAACUCGACCCGGAGUCUGCUCAGAAAUGGAUGAGCGAUCUAGGCAUUCACCCAGAGGGAGUGUUUCUCUACUUCAUCAUGUACAAGUGCCAGGUAUCUACGCCCAUGAGUAUCACCAAGGAGGAGUUUACUAGGUUCAUGAAUACCAUCAAGGUCAAGUCGAACGGACAACUCCUCGCUCAACUCCCGUCCCUCCUAGACACCGUCCGCCCACGCGUCAAACCGGAGCCAAACCCCGCCUUCAAGCCAUUUUACAAGUGGUGUUUUGAGCAUUUCCGCCCCGAGAACGCGAAGAACAUCGACGUGGAGGUUGCCGGCGAGCUGUUCAAGGUCCUGCUUGACGAGAAACGCUACAAUCUUGACUGGGAGCCGAGCGAAGCCGUUGCCGCGGGCAUGCCCACGCCCGGCGAGUUCCCACAUGUCAACGCUUUCGUCGAGUUCAUCACUACGGAGCCUAGGCCGGUGGCUGUCAUCACAAGGGACCAAUAUGACCAGUUUUACCACUUCAAUAUGGGUGUUUCUUGGAGCUUGAAGGAACACUCUGAGGAGAGUGCCUGGCCUGCCCUGCUGGACAAGUACGUGAACUGGAAGAAAGAGAAGUUUCCCAGCCCCAAGACCUCCGUUGUCCAAGUCAUGGACUACGAAGAGUUAUAACCGGCUACGGCACAAAUUUCCGUCAUUACUGUACUGUACCAUAACGCUUGAGGUUCCGUGUUCUUUGUGGUCUUUUUCUGGCUUCUUUCUUCUUUUCAAUUGGCGUUCUCAUUUUCAAUUACGGUCCGGAUUUUCGAUUCUGUUCGUUUACUCCAGAUUAAAAUGCCUCUUCACUGUGUCUUGUCCUAUUCUUUUGUAGGGCUAGUUAUUUGCAUUGAGUGGGCU